AUGCUGCCAUUCACCAUCUACAUCAUUGCCAAGACAGACCUAAUCAAAUACAUGCUAACAAGGCCAAUGUUGAGAGGCAGAAUUAGAAAAUUGACUCUGGCUUUGACAGAAUUUGCUUUCAGAUAUGUUCCUCAAAAAGCUGUCAAAGGACAAGUUGUAGCAGGAUUCCUAGCGGAUCAUCCAGGGGAAGAAAUUGAAAACAUGGACUCUUUGGAUAUAGCAAAUGCAGAUCUGUUGACUAGAGCUCAUACUUGUCUUAACAAUCCCAUCUACUCAGUUCACCUCACACCUUGGAAAUUGUACUUCAAUGGAUCAAAAACUGAUGUAGCCAUUGGGGCAGGUAUUGUUUUGGACGAGCCACUGGGGAUCAGACACUAUUAUUCUUUUCAGUUAGAUUUCCAAUGUGCCAACAACAGGGCUGAAUAUGAAGCUUUAAUCAUUGGCCUCGAAAUGCUGAUUGCUGGAGAAUACAAGUGUCUAAAUCCUUCUCUAGCUGUCUAUCUAAUGGCAGCCAAAAACCUUCUAACAGAAUUCAGGGAAGCUACUUUGGAACAUAUCCCAAGAGAGGAGAACUUCGCAGCCAAUGAAUUGGCUCAGGUAGCAACAGGUACACAAAUGCCUGAUGACUGUGUGCAAAGAAUUAUCAAGGUGGGAAAGAAAAGUCUACCAUCUGUUAUGACCAGAGGAAUGGAGAUAGAUGUCAAUUCUGCCAUAUUCACUGAAGACGACUGGAGAAUUCCCAUCAUAAAUUACUUACAGUAUCCAACCCUGCCUUCUGAGAAAAGAGUCAGAAUCAUGGCUUUGAACUACCUUAUGUGGAAUGGAGAUUUGGUCCAAAAAAGCAAAGAUGAGGUACUUAUGAGGUGCCUGGGAAAGAAAGAAUACAUGAAGGUCAUGGGAGAGACCCAUGAAGGAAUCUGUGAAGCACAUCAAGGUGGAAGAAAAAUUUGUUGGUUAAUUAGAAGGUAUGGCUACUUCUGGUCAACCAUGAUGAAAGAUUGCAUUGAUUAUUCCAAGGGAUGUGAGGCUUGUCAAAGGCAUGGCCCAAUCCAGCAGGCUCCUUCAGUUCCUAUGAAUCCAAUAGUUAAGCCAUGGCCAUUCAGAGGAUAG